CCUACCAUUUUCGCCACGUGUAAUCCGAUGUUUGCUUCGGAUGGAGCCUCGGUUACGAGCCACGUACCCACCCACCACUCCUUUCUUCUAGCACUCACUCCCAGGUUUUCAACUUUCACCUGCAACUUCCUCGCUAUUUGCUUCUCAGUUUCCCUUCGUUAAAAACUCUCUGCUGUUUCGUUUCACUCUUUCCAGAAUCGUCUUUCGUUCUGUUGUCCUUUUCCUCUCUGCAAAUCUUCAUUCAACAACAUCUCUGGAUUCUGCUGUUCUCUGCGGCUCGAUCAUCGUUCGUAACUUGCUAUGUUUUCCGUUUGUGUUCUCUUCAGUUCGAUCAUCGCUCGUAACUUGUUACUUAGCCGUUUGGAUUCUCUGCACUUCGAUCAUUGUAGUUUUGGUCUUUGGCUUUUAGAGGAGGUGUUCUAGAUAGAACUUGUUAAUGGAUUCAAGAGAAGUCAAUUCCUGAAUGCUCAAGUUGCUGAAUCUUAUUCAGCUAUUACUGUUUCUGGUUUUUUUAAUUGGAUGAAGUGAUGCGCUGGUUCCAUAUGGUAGCUGUUGGUUAUUGAAUGGAUUAGUCUAGUGUUGUGCUGCAAGUUUUUUGGCUUAUUGGUGACGGGAAUAUUUCCUGGAUGGGGGGAGCAUGUUCUAGGAAGCGAGAGCAGGACAAUGAAGAUAGUAUUAUCAGAGGACUAUCACGAAGCUAUUCUAGAUGUGGGAGUUUGAAAUGGUGGACAUCCUCUUUUUCUUAUCCAUCUGUUGAUUUUCACUUACGAAAAGGAGAAUGUCCACCACUUUUGGACCUGUGCAUACAGAAAAUAAAUGAGGACAUUGAUAAAUAUAACUCAUUUUCUAUGCUGCCACGGGAUAUAAGUCAGUUAAUUUUUAAUAAUUUGGUUUACUCGAGAUGUCUAACCAGUGCUUCCUUCGAAGCUUUUCGUGAUUGUGCUCUACAGGAUCUUUACUUAGGAGAAUAUGAUGGUGUUAAUGAUAAUUGGAUGGACGUCAUCUCAUCCCAGGGUUCAUCUUUACUUUCUGUAGAUCUUUCUGGGUCUGAUGUCACUGAUUUUGUGCUGACAUACCUUAAAGAUUGUGGAAGUCUAAUUUCUUUGAAUCUAAAUUACUGUGAUCAAAUUUCAGAUCGUGGACUAGAGUGUAUCAGUGGCCUGUCAAACUUGACAAGUUUGAGUUUUAGACGAAAUGAUUCAAUUUCUGCUAAGGGAAUGAGUGCCUUUUCUGGUCUUGUCAACUUGGUCAAGUUGGAUUUGGAGAGAUGUCCUGGUAUUCAUGGAGGCCUUGUUCAUCUUCGAGGUUUGACCAAGUUGGAAUCUCUCAAUUUAAAGUGGUGUAAUUGCAUAACAGAUUAUGAUAUGAAACCUCUUUCAGAGCUUGGUAGCCUGAAAAGUCUGGAGAUUUCAUCCAGUAAAGUCACUGAUUUUGGCGUCAGUUUCCUGAGAGGGUUACAGAAGCUUGCCCUGUUAAAUUUGGAAGGGUGCCUUGUAACAGCUGCAUGCUUGGAUUCUCUUGCAGAGCUUCCUGCGCUAUCAAACUUGAAUCUUAAUAGAUGCAAUAUCUCUGACAAUGGAUGCGAAAAAUUCUCACGACUGGAAAAUUUGAAAGUAUUAAACUUGGGAUUUAAUGUCAUAACAGAUACAUGUUUAAUUCACUUGAAAGGACUGACAAAGUUGGAGAGCUUGAACCUUGAUUCAUGUAAGAUUGGUGAUGAAGGGUUGGUCAAUUUGGCUGGCCAUGAGCGAUUGAACUGCUUGGAAUUGUCUGAUACAGAGGUUGGUAGCAAUGGACUACAGCAUUUAUCAGGACUGUCUAAUCUGCAGAAAAUAAAUCUUUCUUUUACCAUGGUUAGUGACGGUGGUUUAAGCAAAUUGCGUGGACUCUCAUCUCUGAAGUCCCUUAAUUUGGAUGCUUACCAAAUUUCUGACAUUGGGCUGUCAAACCUUACAAGUUUGACUGGCCUCACUGACCUGGAUUUGUUUGGUGCACGAAUCACAGAUUUUGGUACAAACUAUUUGAAAAAGUUUAAGAACCUGAGGUCUUUGGAAAUAUGUGGUGGAGCUUUGACUGAUGCUGGUGUGAAAAAUAUCAAAGAGCUUUCUUCUCUGGUCUGCUUAAAUUUAUCACAAAACAGCAAUCUUACAGACAAAACUCUUGAGUUAAUUUCAGGGCUCACUGGGUUGGUUUCUUUGAAUGUUUCAAAUUCUCGUAUCACCAAUGCUGGUCUGCAGCAUUUGAAAGCACUCAAUAACUUGAGAUCUCUGACAUUGGAGUCCUGUAAGGUGACAGCAAAUGACAUGAAGAAACUGAAAUCAAUAUACCUCCCGAAUCUGGUAAGCUUUCGGCCAGGUUAGUUAAUGCGGUAUUCUGAUUUAUAUAUAUGCGUAUAUUAUAUUAUAAAUACAUGUCAGUCGUACUGAUGUAUCUCAGACAAGAAUGGAAAAACGACCUCAAAUUGUACAUUGGCUAUAAUAACGGCUUUGUGGAAGGUGUGAUUCCACGUGUGCUGCCAAACUUGCUUUUGUUGUUUGGUUGUUUUGUAAAUAUAUUCAUAAUGGAAAAGAAUUAUGCAAGGACGUGUUUGCUACUGCC